AAGUACUAACUAAACGUUUUUGGUAAGAUGGCGUGCUAUUGCGUUUGAGAAAGCUAUUUACUUUUUUCAAAAUAUUAUUGAAAAGGGAAACUUUUAAUGCAACUAUUUGAUUACAUUUUGUUGUAAAAAUGUGGCACGAAGCGAGAAAGCAAGAGCGGAUGAUCCGAGGAAUGAUAGUGGAUUAUCGGCGUCGAGCGGAGCGUCGUAAGGAUUUUUAUGAGAAAAUCAAAGCGGAACCAACACAAUUCCUGCAGCUUCAUGGACGGCCUUGUAAAAUACACUUGGAUCCGGCGGUAGCAGCGGCUGGUGAAGGCCCAGCUAUUAUGAUGCAAUGGCAGGGUGACCCACAAAACAUGAUAGACCGUUUUGAUGUGCGGGCACAUUUAGACUUCAUACCAGAAGUGAAGUAUCCGGACAUACCACCUGAAGAGCUAAGUACAGAAGAAAGGCAAUGUAACUAUGAGAGAUACAGAAUCCUGGCUCAAAAUGCAUUUCUUGGCAUAAGUGAAGAUAAAUUCCUCCAACAACUUGCAAUCGAAGAGCAGUUUGGUGUCACAAUAGAAGAAAAGGAAAUGCAGAGAGAAAAACUUCACGAAAGGAAAGGGACCGGUGCAGCUAUAGGCUACAAUUAUAAUGAUCCAGGAGCCCAACCCUCUAGCUCUAACGGCCCCGAAGUAAAAAAAGUGGAACAGAAAGAGUCUGAUGAUGAUUCUGACCUUGACAUCAUUGAUGUGGACCUCAGUAUUGAUGUGAACAAGAUGGAUGCAUCACAGGCUCACAUACUGAACUCGGUGGGACCUCAAUUUGGAAUGGCUGGUUGCGAUCUGUUCUCCUUCCUCACCGGGGAUGCAGAUGACGCGGAACACCAGAAGCAACUGCUGCGAGAGGAGAAAGAGAAGGCGAUGUUUUCUGGGAGGAAGAGCAGGAGAGAACGCAGGGCACAUAGAGACAAGAAGUUAGCUACCCGAGUAGUGUCCCCGCCCUCCUACGCGGUGACAACCACUCCCCGCUCGCGCUCCGCCAGCCGCAGCCGCAGCUCCGCCAGCCCGGAACACACACACAUUGAGUUCAUCACCUCCUUCGGAGACGACCCCCCUCCGCCUCCCAAACCGUUGUACUCUGAUAAAUUAAAGCAGAAUUUGAAGAGGGAACCGCUUUACUCCGAUGUGGUUCGCAAACCAAAACCCAGGCGAUCGAGUUCCUCCGAAAGACCAGAAAUGGGACCGCAUUUCCCUUCAAAAUCCCGUUCGCGCUCAAGGUCAAGGUCACCAAUGAAGUCCCGUUCGAGGUCUCUAUCGAGGUCCCGAGGGUCAAGAUCCGUUUCGAGAGCUCGAUCUGAUAGAUCUAAAUCUCGUUCAAGACCUCGAUCGAUUUCUCGCUCGCGAUCGCGGUCGUGGAGAAAGUCUCGGUCGUAUUCCUCGAGGUCGAAGUCAAGGUCAUUCAGCCCGAGACGGUCAAGGUCACGGUCAAGGUCACGUAACUACAGGAGACGUUCGCGAAGCCCUCAAAAUCAGACUAGUGGCUAUGACAAGCAUAUUAACUCGAGGUCCAAAUCUUUUGAAAGCUCGGAUCGCGGUUCCCAGCCCGUGCCGCGGUACUACGGGCGACGAGCUGAGGACAAGUCUUCUAGUGAACUGUCGCUAGACUCCGACAGUAGCGACGACCAACAAAACAAAUCGGCAGUCAAUAAAGCCAACACAAACCAGAAUCAGUUACGAUUGUCUGGAUCCAGCUCCAAAGGUCCUUCGCGUGAGACGCUCUCUCUCAAGGAGAAACUGAAGAGGAAAAUGCAAGCGCAGUUGUCAAGGCAACUGAAGGCGGACAAACGCGCGGAAGCGGCGCGCGUGGAGCGCGAACACAGGAGACAGGCGCGACGCGAACAUGAGAUGAGGCAGCUGGCCAUCAAGCUUAGACGCAGGCAACGAGAGAUGAGGCAUCAACAAAAUCGCAGGUCCAGCGACGAAUUCUCCGACGGUAGCCGUUCGCGAUCGUCUUCCAGGGAUUCACAUCCAGACAAACCAAGAGAAAAUCGGAGUCUUUCGAAAAGCCCAUCUCCUAAACCUAUCCCAGUGUGGGAAACCAACAGAAAUGUCCCCCCGCCGCCGUAUACCAAACCGGAAACAAACGAAAAUAGCUCUUAUUCCAACCCACGAAAGCGUUACACAGGUACCGAGCACAAAGAACACAGAAAUGAAUAUAAUGACCACAAAAGUGAGUAUAACGAACACAGGAAUGAAUACGAAAGGCCUAAUUAUAAUCCUAACAGAUUCGAAAGGUACCCGAAUAGAGAUUUUAAUAACCGUCAAGGGGAAAAUUUCAAUCGGUUCGAACAUAAUGAUAGUAGGUGGGACCAGGGGUAUCCUAGAAGGCGACCGUAUGGUUAUCGCGGGGGACACAGGGGGAUGAGGCGCGGGGGGGAACACUAUGACGAUGGACCUUCCAAUAGUUCCAAUCAAUAUCAUAGACAUAAUGAUUACAGGGAGGAAUCUGACGAACAACCUAAAAUUAAGCUGGUAGAUUAUUAGGACGAUAUAUCAAAUUAACCCCCGUUUACAUGGGCGUAAAAAAUAAGAUGGCGUUGGCGUAUUUUUAUUGAUUUCGUAUAUAUGUAUAUAAGUUUACACGGCAUUCAACCCACCGUGACAACCAUGAAGCUAUAUCACUUUUUGAUGCAAGGUUCAUCUUAUUAAUAUUGCUAUCUCUUUUAAUACAAUAUAACCUUGCCUUUAAACGUUCGUAGUAGCGCUGAUUUCAGUAUUACCUAUUUAUAGUUUCAUGUUCCCAACACAUAGUCCUCAAAAUACGAUAAAAAUGCGUGGACGGACAUAGUGUUCCAUUCUCCCACAUACGUUCCACGGGAAAAGGUAUCUUAUGAAGAGAAGUCAAUUUCUCUUGUUCAUUUUUAUUAUAAAUGCGUAUAAUACGUUGUAAGCGGUUACCUUUUCUCGUGGCUUAUCACAUAUUUUUCACGCAUUAAAAUGACGCCACAUCACAUAUUUUUCACGCUUGACGAAAUGACGCCCGUUUGAACGAAGGAAAUGAACGUAAAAUUGCCAAUUAUUGGAGAUAAAAGUUGUUUAUUUUUAUUUUAAACCGUUUGAUGCAUUUUGAAUUGUUCAGUACUUUAUAUUUCAUGACCUAUUUAGCCUAUUAGUGUUCUUUACAGUUUGUCAAGGAAGUGUCUUCACUUUUGGAACAGAUUUUUGAUGAAUUAAAUUUGUUUGCCAUUGCAACAUCAAACAUAAUUGUUAAGAUUGGUUGGUAAACACACUGGGUGUUCACUACUGUGGCCAGCCAACAGGAGAUAGCACCCUCGUUUAAUUUCUUCAUUUAACAGAUUGUAUUUGUUACUAUGCUAAGGAUAGCCAUAGUUUUUGUAAUUAAAAAAAGUUUGUUUUAGGUCAUUACUAUUAUUCAUUUUGAUUGUGGCUCGGAAACUGAAUAUAGAUUAAGCUACACGUCUCUACAUAUAUCAUGAGAGAACACAAAGGUUGUGUGAGAGGGACGGCUUUAUAAAACGUACCUGAGUAACAAAUAUGGCUUUUAAUUCAUUGUAACUAACAAUACAACAUAUUCUGAGUUAUGAGAUUCGAAUACAAUUAAUGAUUAUUAUUUUAAUCAACUUUUUCAGGCUGCUUGGUUUUUAGUAUAAAAGUAUAUUACCAUAGAAAUUUCAAUAUUUACAAUAUUUAUUGUUUUGUAUAUCAAAUAAAGGCCGGUAUCUAUUUAUGUAUAAAAUUGAUGACUUUAUUUAUGGGCCUAGUAUCAUAUUGUCAUUUCAGUUUGUAUAAAAUUUUGAAUGUUACACAAUGUUUCAGAACAACGCACGUACUUCAAUUUUAAAUCACACUUCAUAAAAAUAAUAGUAGCUUGGCCAAAUUAUCGUGCUUGAAGAGGAAUCACGAACAGUUAAAAUCAAUUUCAUAGCCAAUAGUCUUUGUGAUGGUAUCCUAUAUAUAUAUAUAUAUCAGUCCUCCAGAUAUAAACUUAUGUAAUAAUGUUAUAGAAUCGUGUAUUUCACCAAAUAUUUUAAUGUGUCGUUACAUUGAUGUUAAUCGUUAAAUUUUUUUAUCAAAUAAGAACAAAGACAAACGUAAAAUCUUCCCUGUAUUCGACUGUUCUAUGUAUAAUGUAAUUUAGUGUAAAUACCAGUACUGUUUAUAUUGAGGCAUGUAUUAAAGCAGCUAUUGUAUAUUAUGUUCUAAUGAAAUGAAAUAAAGUACAUAAUAAA